UAUAAACUCUCGCGAGAAGAGGGGGCUGCCUUUGAAAAAUGGCGGAUGAGGUGGAUCAGCAACAAACCACAAACACUGUAGAAGAGCCUUUGGAUCUCAUCAGGCUUAGUCUUGAUGAACGGAUUUAUGUGAAAAUGAGGAACGACCGAGAACUUCGAGGCAGGUUACAUGCAUAUGACCAGCAUUUAAAUAUGAUUUUGGGUGAUGUUGAAGAGACUGUGACAACAAUAGAAAUUGAUGAAGAAACUUACGAAGAAAUUUAUAAGUCUACCAAGAGGAAUAUUCCAAUGCUGUUUGUCAGAGGGGAUGGCGUUGUAUUGGUUGCUCCUCCACUGCGGGUUGGCUGAUGUUGCAGGUUGCUCCUUCCCUGUGGAUUACUGGACUUCCGAGACAAUAGUUCCUGCACCCCUUAAAUAUUAGGACUAUCCAAUAUUUCACAGGAGAGUUCCCAAUCUUGAUUAUGUAUUGCAGAAGCUUGUUUAUUUGGCAAAUAGGAGUCCUCCACCUCUUGGGGCAAUUAAAUCAACUUCAUCAAAUCAGUGGAUUUUCUUGUUUAGUUAAUACCUGUGGUCCAUGAUGUACUUUUUAAAAUAAAUCCGUUCACUUGUUUUGUA